AGCAGCUGGGCUUUUCAAGCUGUGUGGAUAGGUGGGAAGAGAGAGACAGAUCCAGCCGAAGAAGGAGAAUAAAGGCUGACGGAUACUGACUCCAUGUCUUCGCCUUCAAAUAAAAGAUCUGGUUCUGGAUCACGCAAGUAAGACACUCGUCUUUUGUUCCUUGAUGAAAACAGAUGUUCUUUUAAGAUGUCAGCUGUGCCGGCGCUGUAAUAUCUAACUCUUCUAACUUCUGUUAAACUGAUCUUUGCUUCUGCUCACUGACCUUAUGAGCUCCAAGUGCUUUGGUAAUCCUAACACUCUCUCUCUAUUCUGCUCUCAUCAUUACUGCAUCAGCUCUUUAGCUCUUUCAAUAUGUCUAUUUCAAGAGUUAUUUCACCAUUCAGCUGCCAGGUUGUGUAAAACUGCUGAUGGCUGGAUCGAAAGCUAUUUAAGCAGAUUCUGUACAAGGAUAUUAAACAGCAGUAUUGUGUUCUAGAACAGGGGCUUUUUUUAAAUAGGGUCUGGGGACCCAAGGGUAUUUUAGUUCACUAUAAUUAAACAUAAAAUUUUGGCCUAAAAAUAAUUGGGAAAAAAUAAAAUUUUGGAAAAUUGAAAUGUUGCCUACAAUUAUAAUAAUAAACAAAAACAAAUGAAUCGUAUAUUGGAACAUUAGACAUAAAGAAAUAAAAUAUUAAGUGACAAAAGCACACGCAAAAUGGCUAAAACUUUAAACUAAAAUUGACAUGAAAACUAAAUAUCUCAAUAAUAUAAGUUAAGAUAUUAAUAAAUCUAAAAACAAAACUAUAAUAAAUCCACAGGGACGGGGGCUUCUAGAAGCCUUUAAGGGGUCCCCACAAAAUGUCAGCAAAAUUUUUUCAUUACUCUUAUUAUAGUAAAUUAUUUAAUAUGUUGACUCUAUAAUCACACUUAUUAUUUAUCUUACAUAGUUAUAUUCGGAACCACUUUAAACCAAAAAUAGAUUAAAGGUGUCAUAUGUUUAAGGUGUCAUAUGGCACAAAUACGUGUUUUUCUGUGUCUUUCCAGUGUUAUAAGUUGGCCAUGCAUGUAUUAAACACGUAAAAUUGUAAAAAUAAAAGUGUCGGAGCAAAAGAUGCAUUCUAUCUAAAAGCAAAUGCUCACUCAGACCUGCCUGAAAUGCCUCAUGUAACCACACCCCAACAAAUCUACGUCAGUUCGUUGAAUGAUUUGACUAAGACCGCCCAAAUGUGUACGCAAGUAAGGCGUACCUUUCAGUACAAUUGCUUUGGAUCCUGAUGUUCCAAAUAUGGUAAGAGGCGUUACUUUCCAUCACAGUAUUCUACCAAUAAUCGGUUAAUUGACCAAUCAUAACACACCUCGCUUUUCAGAGCGAUGAGCUUUGUAAAAAGUCUGCACGUUUCAGAGAGGCGGGGCAAAGAGGAUAUACAAACAUGCACGGUAUGUGGAAAAUACUGCAUUUUUAACAACUUAAAUCGUGUAUAGGCAUUGCAUUACAUCUAAAACAAACGAUAAUAUGAUGGAAAUUUAUUUUAGGAAGGGGGGCCCUUACAAAAGGUUAAUCGUUUUUGGGGUCCCUGGCAUCAUAAAGUUUGAAAACCCCUGUUCUAGAAUAAAGUUUAAUACUACAAAUUGAAGACUUGAAAAUAUUUAUUAUCACAGUGAAAAAGUUUGAUGAAGAAGAUGACUAUUUGUGUCGUAGUUUACAAUACCAGGGCAAGGAUUAGAUUCUUUCUGUUGAGGAAGGAUAAAAUGUUAUGCACAGAAUUAGACUGACUGACUGUACUUUAGUAGCUUUAGUUGUGCAUGUUAGCAAUGUCAGUACAGUACAUAUAGUGGCAUUAAGCAGUAAUGGUCAUAAUACAGUAGAGCCCAGUUCUGUGCCUCUGUCUCAUCUCUCUUUCCUCAGAUUCAACUUGCUGAAGGCCCUACAGGCUAAGCAACACUUUCAGCAAGUGCUUUCGUCUCCCACUGCGUCCCCCGCACGCAGCCCAGCACCCGUCAGUAACCGUGAUCCUUAUGGAAAUGCCUCUGUCAGCAGCAGUAGCAAUUCUGGGUCAUGCAAGGGCAGCGAUGGAAGCCCAACCCAUAGGCGUCACUUAAAAUACACCUCCUGCAAUGAUAACCAUGGUAUCCGACCGCCUCCACCUGAGCAAUACCUAACCCCUCUACAGCAGAAAGAAGUAUGCAUCAGACACCUGAGAGCACGACUCAAAGAGACUGUCGAGAGACUGCAGAACAGGGACACCGAGAUCGAUGAUUUGCGUACCCAGCUGUCCCGAAUGCAGGAGGACUGGAUUGAGGAGGAGUGCCAUCGUGUGGAGGCUCAGCUGGCUUUGAAAGAGGCUCGUAGGGAGAUCCAGCAGCUCAAACAAGUCGUCGAUGUCGUCCGAUCCAGUCUGGGAGACUCCGACACCGGUGUGCAGAAGUGCUUCCAAGACAUAAACCUUCAGAACCAUAAGCUGGAGAAUUUAUUGCAAAGCAUGGAGCUGGCUCAGAUCGGGACCGCCAAAGCAGCUGGAGGAGUGGUGGGGGCAGGGCUGGAGGUCAGCGAGGGUCUGCCGGGGUCGUCCGAAGGCUCCCCGGUUCGCUCGCUAACCCGCAGCUCUACCUACACCAAGCUUAGUGACCAGGGCGGUCCGGAACGUUGUGGUAUCGAAAACGAAUGCGACGUUCUGUGUUUGUCAGGUGAGGGCACGCAGGACAGCGGGUUUAUGUGCUGUGGAGAGAGUGGAAGAGGAGCCAGCAAGGCAGAGCUACUCCUGGAGGCUGCUUUUCUGUCUCAAGAGACAGCAUCGCUGCUCAAUGCGUACUCCCGCCUGCCACACUCCUCCACUUAUGAGGGACUGUGCAACAGUGAAUCCAGAACAGUGCCGCUCCAUUGCAGCGAGAUGGGUACAGGGGCAAGCGUCAGUUUAAGUCAUCCCUGUCUAUCCCAUCAUCACCUAUACCUUCACCAUCUGAGAGAGCAAGCUAUUCAAACCGAUUACGACCACGCCCCAAACUCCGCCCCUGCCCAUGGACCCUGUACAUCAUUUAAUUCUGAUCUGGACACUAUUGCAGAGCGCACCUUCCGCUCUCAGGCCUGCAGUCCGACAUCUACCUGGAUGUCUGAUGAGGGAGAUGAUCUGGAGUCGGUAGCCACAGAAUCAGCAGUUACGACAACAGUUGCCACAGCGUCAAUCCUCAUGGACCCUGUUUCCAUAUCUGCUCUAGCGCUGGAGCAUACUGUGCAAUAUGACUUAGAGUGUUCUGUUGCAUUCAGUGCAGUAGAUUCAGUCACAGACUCAAAGCCCUUUCAAGAUGUGCCAGUUUUAACAACAGAUCUGACUACACCUAACUCUCUAUCCCAAGUAAGCAGCUCUGUUCCACUAGAGCCUACCAGAGACCCUUUGCCAAGUCCCCGCCACUCUCCUUGUUCUAAGCAGCCGUCAGUUGAAAAGGAAGAGGAGACCCUCCCACAAACCACCCAGCCUCGAAGCACACUCUCAGAUGCUGGGGUUGCAGGAGAUCACGUUAUAAACAUACAUUCAGAAGACGAAGAAGUGGAUGAGAGUGCUGCCGACAAUGAUUCCAAUUCAUCCAGCUGUGGGUUACCAGUAAAGAACUACUGGAGCCGUCAUUUCCUAGUGGAUUUGCUCGCAGUGGUCGUGCCAGUGGUGCCCACUGUGGCCUGGUUGUGCCGGGGUACGUACCGGGAGGGUCAGCCGAUGUAUCAUAUUGGUUCCCUGCUGCGUGGUUGCUGCACCGUGGCCCUCCAUUCUCUACGUCGAGGGGGAGGUCUUCGCCACUACCCUGCAGGAGGAGGGGGUCCAGGGGGUAUGAAUAUAUGAGACAAGCUUUACACUUUGGGAAGCCACUGAAAGCGCUGUUCCUCUGUGAGAUGUGCAUCUGGAAGGCGGUAGAAAGAAUUAAGGCAGACCCAAUAAAAGGGUAGUUUCUGGACACAGGACCUCGGUGCUGUCAUAAGUGCCGUUUCUUGGCGCUGAGCUGAUCUUCUCCAGAGCCUAAUGAAUAGAGAAUAGGAAUGGGGAAGGGGACUCGGUAGCAUUUAUGUAUAACUACAAAAUGCUCUUCUUUCAGACUUUCUCUAAAAUUGCUACCCAGAAGCUUUGAUGGACUGAGACACAAUGAAAGAUACCUUCUAAAAAGAUUGUAUAACCCUUGUUACAAGUGAACGACCACAGUGUAAUAGGAGGGUUCUGUCUUUUGAAUUUCCCUCUUGCGGUCACUGGGGAGUGUGUGUCUACCGUAUGUAAUACAUUUGAGUGAGUGUUUGUGUCCAUGUACAGUGCAGCCAAAGUACCCAGAUAACCAAUAGCCAUCAUUGUCGUAGCUGUUAGUGAAUUGAUAGCUGUCCCAUUCCUUACGCUUGUGUGACACUGAGCAGUCGUUCUUCCUCUUGAGGAGACAGACAUGCGCCUGCUGAGCUAUUUCUAUGCUUUGCAUAUACCACUAGUGUCCUAGAUAAACGUAGUCCAUCUGGAAUGUUUGUGAGGAAAUGUACUUUAGGCUGAAAUCCGUCGUGGGAAAUUGCAAGAUGGUAAACCCAAUUUAGCAGACAUCCAAAUGUUCUUGGGUCAGGGUCCUUGUUGGUCGUGGAACAAUUUUUUCUGGAUGGGUUGUAGACCAUCUCUAUUAUUUAAGAGGUAGAUAUUGGGUUAUUUCUCUGACAGCAGUGUUGUUCCAGGACCAACAAGAUAUGUUUACCCAGGAAUGUUCCUUACGCCGCAAAAUUGGGUCUUGCGAAGAUGAAUGAUUUAGAAAUGUUCUGUACAGCUAAAUCAUAUAUUUAUGAAAGUGGAUAAAUAGACAAUGAUCAGAGUUAAAGGACUGUAACAGGCAGAGAUGUUUUGUCACCAGUAAUGAGUUUCAUGUUGUUUCUCUUGUUGAUGUGCUGUAAAUGUCUGAUUUCACUGUGGAUCGUUUAUCAGGAUUUUCUAGCCAUCUAGAAAUACAGUCGUAGCCAGUGUUUGGUAGAACAAAAACUCAAUUUAGGAAGUAAAAAUGUUUUGGUUGUAUAAUGACGAAGUAUAGUUUUGCAUUACAGUAGUUUAUCUCAAACUUUUUGACUUUAAGGUCCUCCCACAAUAUCUUAAUGUUCUAGAGCUUGACAUUAAUAGAAAAAUUUAUAUUUGUUAUAAAAAAAACUUAACACUAAAACAUAUUAAGAUAUGUCGUUGUUUUAACUUAAAGGCGGGAUUUCCAAUUUCUCAUAGCAGCUGUUGAUGUUCAAAUCAACAAAACCUGACACACCCCACUGACACACCUCACUGUGCACCUUACUGCUGAUUGGCUACAAGGGUGUUUUGGUACCCGGCCAGUCUUUGUCUAAACAAGCCUAAUUCAGAAAUCGGACACCCCACUUUAAUUUAAAUAUUUUUCAGUGAUCUGAGGCCCCCUGGUUAAGUAACACUGCAUUACAACCUGUGCUUGCUUUUUUAUGCUAAUGAUUUAAGUACUAAUAGUGUUGGGUAGAAUUGAAUUAGGAACACAAUAACAUUUAUUUUAUAUGAAGUGGCAUGAAUCACAAAGGCUUAAAAAUGUAAAGCUUCCAGCAUUUGGCUACAACUGUAUGUUCCUGAUGAUGUUUAUACAAGUCAACAUUAAGUAGACAGGUGGCAUUUAUUGACCUGUCGAUUGCACUAUAAAUCACUUUAUAAGCAAUUACUUGAAGUAUACUUGAGUGUGUAUUUCUGUGUAUCCAAAGGCAAACGUAUACAUGUGAUUGUGGUUCAGGGUUAUAGAUUUCACAGACAUCAAUUUAACGAAUCAUCACUGAGUUACAAAUACACGUUAGACCAUUGACAGUCGGGUAAUCCGUGUUAUUGUGUAAUCCGAUUAACCCUGAUUGUUAUGUGCGGACACAUCCAUUUGGUUUUAUGUGUUGUCUUAUUUUCCUUCCCUUUAAAUCCUGAAUAACCGCUGCCUUUCACUCUACCUCCUCCUUCUAUCAUUGUGAAGUGUAUGUAGUGAUGUAGUCUUUUAUUGAAGUCUUAAAAAAGGUUUCAUGGCUCUAAUAAUUUGCUGCUUUCUGUAGAAUGUGUGCGGCAUGUCAGCAGGGUUUUCCGGUGUGUUUUCUUCCAACGGCUUGACAAUCUUUAUUUGCGCUUUGUCUGGUGUCAAGUGUUUUAGUCUCUGCCCUAACUCAGCACUUUUUAAAAUAACUUCACAAAAGAUGGUAAAAUAAAGAUGUAUAGUUCCUAAUUGCUAUUUUUAAAUUGACCUGCAUUUGUUGAAACUGAAUCAGAUAGUUUGUUCUGUCUUUUGGCCCAUCAGAAUGUCUUUACGGUUAAAAAGAGAUUGUUAUUGUAGCUCUUGAAUCCUCCAAGCAACUCUGCUAGAGAGGUUUUCCAAUAAAACCGCUGUUAUCUGUUUGUCACUGAAUUGUGCGUCAAUAACAUUGGCUAUUUGGUCAGAUGACAAAUUAUGUUUUACGCGGUUAUAAAGCUUUGUAUACAUGUUGAAGCGACACAUAAGGCCUUGAUAGGAUUUUCUUGAAUUUCUUGAAGCCAUAUUACAAGCAGAGAUAUGUUGGCCCUAUAUGCUGAUAAAUAUGAGUAAUAAAACGUUACAUAUAAUUAUUUUAGUAAUUUACUUUUAAUCAGCAUUUGGUACUCAUCUUUUGGAAGAGAGGGGACCUGUGUGAUUGUGUGUACGCGUGUCUAUUUAAAAUAUGAAAUGUAUAACUGGAUUAAUGUUGAUACGUAUUUUGUUUUAUUAGCCAUGACACUUCUUUCCAUUUGAAUGGUAACCUUGGUCUGUUUUGAUUUAUUUUGAGAUCUGAAUAUACAGUACAUGUUACCUUACCAACAGAGAUUUAGUAAAUAAACUAUUUGGCUUUACAGACGGAAAUAUUUAGCAUUUUUUAUAGCAUUUUAAGGAGAUUUAGGAAAUGAUAUUCCAAGCCCACUUGACCACGAAUGGCCAUUCAUGCAAGUUUUAAAAUCACAAAAUGUUUCCCAACAAAUAGAUUCUCACAUUAGUUUUAGAAGGAUAGAUCUCUUGUGAAAUCAAUCCUCUUAACACUUAGCAAAAGUUGGCAAUGCAAUGUUUUAAAUAAAAAACAGAUUACUGCAUAUGUUCUGUAAAUUAUAAAGUGGUAAGUAUAAGACCACUUAAGUUCAGUUGUCAGUUAUCAGGAUUGUAUGUCAGUGUGCCUAUAAGAUCAGAUUUCACAGGGUAAAUUCUAAGUAAAGUUUUCUUAGGUUGUAGUUUAAACAUCUACAUUUUUUCAAUUGUAAUUUCAGUUUGUCUAUGUAUUGUCUGUCAGUAUCAGCACUCUAGGUAAAAGCAAGUGUGUAAAUGUAUCAGUGUCUAUUUUUUGUGUAGAAAAAUAUUUUAAUGGUAGUAAUAAUGUGUACAGACAUCAAUGCAGCACCUCUCCUGACCCUCAUCGCUCUGUAAAAUGAUCUAUAUUAAACAGCAUGGUGAACAAAUUA